AUGCGCUCACUCCUUCCUCUCCUUCGCUGCUCCACCCUCGCUGUAGGCCAGCUAAUUAGCCCUGUUGGUCCAACAACUACUCUCACCCAAAAAACCACUGAAUGCAACAUCCUCACCUAUGGCGCAUGCGUACGCCCCAACCCUGGAAGCCGGCUCGUCAUCCCAGAGGGCGAAUACCUGAUCAAUUGGGGCGGGAACUGGGAAAUUGAGCGUUCAUUGAUCCUCCAGGGCUUUGCUGGUGUUGAUGUGCUAAAUUUGACUAUAAACGGAGAGGGUGACCAUAAGUUUUUGUUAGAUGUUUUGGUAAUUCACGGGCCGACUCGUCUCGUCCGCUUGAUCUCCCUAACAAACGCCUCACUCCACGACCUGAUCCUAAUCGACAGUCCUAAAUUCCACACCAUCCUCGACUUUGCUGUCAACGUCGAAGCAUACCAUCUCACAAUCCGCGGCGCAAACCUAGGCAGCUACGAUGGCAUCGAUGGCAUCGGCACAAACUACUACAUCCACGACAACGAAGUAACAAACCUCGACGAAUGCGUCUCCGUCGAAAGUCCCUCCCACCAUGCCCUAAUCGAAAACCUCGUCCUCAACGUCUCCGCCGACAUCUCCAACAUAUACGCCAGAAACAUAAGCAUCCUCAACGGCAACAACAUCGCCUUCAUAAUAACCUACCCGGGCGGCUCGGGCACCGUAACAAACAUCACAUUCGAAAACUUCCGCUCAAAGCCCUACACCGGCGCCGUAACCCUACGCAACAUCCUCUUCCGGAACAUCAGCGGCUCUGUUGCCGACGGCGCGAAGCGACCACCCCUGUACCUGGUCGCGAACGAUCUGACCUUCUCCACGAACGUAACGGAGGAGGCUAUCUCCGUGUGGACUGAGACGGGGGAUAAGGUGGUCAAUAAGAUCAUACUCGAGUAUACGGUUGCUGCCAAGCCGACGGGGUGGGUUGAGCCUGCGUUACCAAGUUGGGCGAUGGUCAGCACGGGGUAUGGGACGGGGAGCCCGAUUUCGGUUUAUACGCCUGUGCCUUUGUGGAGGCCGAAUGGGGUUGGUUAUGAUUUGUAUUACUGGAGGAGAUUUUGCGGACUGGUUCUGCGUUGGAAAGUCUACCCAUGAUCCAUUAAAAGAAGGAAUAGAGCCUAUAGCUCUACCGGAUAUCGCCUCCGAAUCUUCUCACCAUACUUCAUCAGCAACAGCGUCGUCGGAGCGAUAGAAAGUGCCACAAGCCCCAGAAUAGUGUUUCCCCAUCCGUAUCCCAGACGAUCAUACAUAGCAGGCCCCGACAUAGGCAAGAGGGCCGCGAAAACUGACCGGAUCAAGUUAUUCGCCGCCAAAGCGCUAGCUGCAUAGAUAGUAAAUGCAUCAACGAUAUAAACCUGAACAACCAGG